CUCCACUAUUUUCUCCAUGGUAAAGUAUGAUAUUCCUGCUGGCAGAUAUACCCGAAUGUCGAACAAAUAUUGGUAUAAAACCCAAAGGACUAAAUAUGUUUGUAAUGUUGCUCGUUUUAAUAUUGUGUACAUUGGUUUGAUUAUAUACAAAAAAGACAAACUAUAAGUGAGCAUUCUCUAAACAUGAUAUGGAAUGGGGGAAUUGGAUAUAUGGGAGGUACUCUCAAUACACCCCAAUGGGGAUUUGGAUUUAUGGGAGGUACUCUCAAUACACCCAUUGGGGGAUUUGGAUAUAUGGGAGGUACUCUCAAUACACCCCAAUGGGGAAUUGGAUAUAUGGGAGGUACUCUCAAUAUACCCCAAUAUAUGGGAGGUACUCUCAAUACACCCCAAUGGGGGAUUUGGAUAUAUGGGAGGUACUCUCAAUACACCCCAAUGGGGAUUUGGAUUUAUGGGAGGUACUCUCAAUACACCCAAUGGGGGAUAUGGAUAUAUGGGAGGUACUCUCAAUACACCCCAAUGGGGAAUUGGAUAUCUGGGAGGUACUCUCAAUAUACCCCAAUAUAUGGGAGGUACUCUCAAUACACCCCAAUGGGGGAUUUGGAUAUAUGGGAGGUACUCUCAAUACAUCCCAAUGGGGGAAUUGGAUAUAUGGGAGGUACUCUCAAUACACCCCAAUCAUUAACAUUCCUCGACUUCAGAUGGCACUGUAAAUAUUAGGAUAUGUAAAAUAUAUCACUGUCAAGUUUGUAUGAUUACAUGGUCAAUGUUACCGGACAGAACAGACUAAUUUAUAUAAAAUCAGAUCACAUGGCAUGAAAGAUCAGGCAUUAUUAUAUCAAUGUUGCAAUAGUAUGUCUGGUCAAUUUUCCUGUUAAUAACCACCAUGAAUCUUGCAUCUUGGUUCAGUUGCUUGGACUUCACCUUGAUAUCUCUAGUGCUGUGUAUAAUCCCAUUGCCUGAAUAAAUAAAAUACAAAUGAUACUCUAAGAGCAAAGCCUAAAUUCAACUGACCCCCAGUAUGUUAUACAAGGCACGAAGGCAACUAUCAAUUCAAUAGCUUCUUUCAAUUAAAUAAAGCUUCUGAUAAUUUAAACCUUAACCCAACAAAAGUUGAAAGUCCAACAAGUGCCAGCCUUGCUACAAGUUUUAUGCCUUAGAAUCUUGUGAUUAGUAUAUACACAGGUAAUUUAUACUGGGCACCAUACAAGUUUGAACGAGCAUGUACGAGGCUCGUAAUUGAACUAUUAUUCAAGCAUGCAAAAGGAUGUGGGUCAAAAGUUAUGGGUUCUUACGAGCAAGUACGGGACGCAUCACUAGACCCGUACAAGGUUGUACAGAGCCUAUAUAGGGAAUGUGGCUUGUACAAGGGGCGAUCCAUAUAUUCUGAUAAAAAUGCUCUAAUUUUGUGAUUUUUUCACAUAUCCC